AUGUUACAGUUUAAAAUAAAAAAAUCCUGUACUUUUUACAUUAAAUUAUUCAUUUCUUUAAGUGUAUAUUUUUUACAUUUCCUAAAUCAUAUUUAUUGCUUGGAAGCUCCGCAAAUAAAUCUCCCUGGACAGGGUAUAAUUGUUGGCACUUAUCUAAAAAUGUUCCGGGCUCAAAAUAUUAAAGCAUAUUUAGGAAUCAGAUAUGCACGCGCUUUACGUUUUUCACCGCCCGAAUUGGAUAUAUCUGAAUGGCAAGGAAUUCUGAAUGCAACAAAAUUUGCACCUUUUUGUUGGCAAAAUCCUUCCAAUGUAAAAAACACAAUAUUGCAUGAACUUCUUAGAAAUAAAGUGAUCGGAGACCAUGAUGUUACCUAUGAUGAAGAUUGUCUGCAUUUAAAUAUUUUCGUUCCAGAUGGAUCUCCUGGUAUUAAAGGAUAUGCUGUAAUAUUUUGGAUUCAUCCUGGAGAUUUUUCUUAUGGAUCCCCAAUAGACAUUGAACCCUUCCAGAUAGUUUUUAAGCAAAAAAUAAUAGUUGUAACGUUUUCAUAUCGUUUAAAUAUUUUCGGCUUUCUAUCAACUGCGGAUGGUGAAGCGCAAGGUAACUUCGGGUUAAUGGAUCAGUCUGCUGCAUUGUUCUGGGUAAAAAAAAAUAUCAAUCAUUUUGGCGGAGAUGAAAAUAAAAUAACAAUAAUGGGGCACUCCGCGGGAGCGGUUAGUGUUGGAUUGCACUUAAUAUCUGAUGAGUGGUCAAAAGGUGGUUAUUCAGCGGCAAUUAUGAUGUCUGGAAAUCCAAUAACUGACAAAGUGGUGCGUGAUCCAAAAGUUUAUAGUGAAUCUUUGGACUCAAUAUCAACCUUAUUUGGAUGUAAUAGAAGACCAACAUCAAUGUUAUUAUCAUGUUUAAGAAAAGUUGAUGCAAAAACACUGAUUACAAAUCUUCCAGCAGUAGAAUGGGGGCCUGUAAUCGAUUAUGGCCUUAGUAAUACAUCAGCUCACUUCAUUAAAGAUCACCCUCGCAAAAUUUUCAAAGAAGGAAACUUUCAAAAUGUUCCCAUUUUAAUUGGCGUAACUAAUAUGGAGGACAUUCUCAAUUUAGUUGAUGACAUAACAAACACUAAAUUAAAUGAUGAUGACUUUUUCCAUGUCGUUGAUGAAAUAACUAAGCAUGACCUUAAAGCUAAUACUGAAAGUGAUGAAAACUGUACAAAUUCACAAAUAAUAAUCGAUGCUAUAACCUAUAUGUAUCCAACACAAAAAAAAGGAGUUGACGUUCUUAAAAAACUAACAAAUUUCCAUACAGACCGUAUGUAUAUCGCACCGUUAUUUUUUAUGGCAGAUAUAUUAGGCAAAGGAAAUAAGGUGUUUGCGUAUUUAUUUACUGUUCGUCCUCAAACUCAAUUCAUUGACCUGCCCGAAUGGGUAGGAGUACCAAAGUUUUACGAUCAGAUCUUUGUAUGGGGCGUUCCCUAUAUGAACAAUACAAACAUUCUGAAAGAAUGGAAUUCCACAGACAAAAAAAUAUCGGAUGUAGUGAUGACAAUGUGGGCGAACUUCGCGAAAUCUACUGAUCCAAUUAUUUCGAAUGUAUAUGUCAAAUGGAACUCAUAUAAAGCAGAAAACAAUACUGUUUUAAUAAUAAAUCAGAACUUUAAUUCGGAACUGGUAAAUAAUAUGCUUACCGUGAGAUUUUGGAACAAUUAUUAUCCAAGUUUAGUGAAGUUUGCGGCUAAUUGCUGCGAAGUUGCAAAUGCUGGAACCUCAAUUUUUUUCAAAAAUACACUUUCAUUGACUUUCGCUUACAGUGUAGGAAUUAUUUCUGGACUUACAGUAAUUAAUAUUUUUCUUAUGAAAUAAAAUGUAUAUACACAUCUGCUAAAAGUAUAGAAUAAAAUAAUAAAUAGUAAAUAUUUAUACACAUGCAUUCUUAGAAAAAAAAUAUGUAUGUAUGAACGAAUAGAGCAAUUCCAUAAAAUAACAAUAAAAAAUGUUUUUUAUGUAAAUAAGAAUAUGUACCACAAUAUUUUUAUAUUAAAAAAUAUAUACAUUCAUUCUACCUCUAUUAAAUAUAAGCUUUCGCAGAUUAAAAACCUUAUUUCCAUAAACUAAUAAAAUGAUAUUACAUUAUAUGUAUGUACAUGGGAACAUUUUUUUUAAGUAUUUAGCAAGCCCUUCCAUUAAACACGAUUACCAAUAAGUGUAUAAAAUAUGUGGCAAAAUUAGCGGCAACUCAGUAAAUUAUUAUUAUCCAUUUAAUCCUUUAAUGAUCGAAUAAGCAACGUUUUUUAGUAUUCCUCACUGAAACUAUAAUGGAUUGACAAUUCGUAGCAAAAUUUUGUAGUUGUUUGAAUACAUAUUCCAAAAGAAUUUUUGAUUCAAUUUAUUAUGAAACGGCCAUCAAAUUGUAUCACCAGUACGCAGAUUCAGCAAUUGAAGGGAUGCCUUAAUUUAUCACAAGGAGUGAAGAUUAAAACGGAAAUUCGACAAAUGGUAAAUCUACUACAUUAUCCAAAAACCUGCAACCUUGCCUACAGUGUAAUUCAAUUAUUCUAGCUAACUGCUGUGAAAAACUACAAUAUCUACAACCAACAGACUAUAUAGGCAUGCCUCAGAAAUAUUAGCGCAGCGUUAUACCGUAGCGUAGUACCAGUUUGAACAUCUAGUAAGUUUGUUCGAUUGGCAGCUAAUUCAUAUAGAAAAGCAACAAAGUCAUCGAGUUGAAUUCAAUUCAAAAGACGUAUGGGUGUGCUUAGACGCAGCAACUACUGUUGCGGCAUCUCGAAAUUUGAGGAAGAGGUAGCGUUCAGGGCAUUUUGUACCCCUGAAACUUUAUUGCAGCAAGUGUACCGAGUUGCUCGUAUAAGAUUUUGUUUGCAUUUUUUUUUAAUUAUGAAAUUUUGUUAAUAGCGGCACUGGUGUUAAUUUUUAAUGAAUAAAUUAUGAAAUUUAAAUAUUGUUGUUUAGUUAUUUUGUUUAGCGUACAAAUAUUCAAAAUAUUAUAGAAUUAUUUUAGAAACUACCGUACCAAAAUAAAAUAUCAACAAAUUAGCUGAAGUGGGUUACAUACUUACCUGAACGUAGUGGACAACGCCGGCAAGAUUGUAUAUCAGUGGCUUAUUCCGUUUUCAAAGUUAUGUGCUGAACACAUAGAAAACGAAAAGCGACGAGCGACGUCUGUCAAAUAUUAAAGUACACGCGUUCUUAUGGGCACAGAUUUUUUGACAACAGCACGACUACGCG